AUGCCUACUGAAUUACCUUACGCAGCGGAAGCUGAAUCUUCCCUUGGAUAUGAGGAGCUUCAAGUCUUGCGGACGCAGUAUUAUAAGGAAAUCGAACAAGGACAUGUCACCACUCAAAGUAAAUUUAAUUAUGGUUGGGGAUUAGUCAAAUCAUCUACUGCGGAACUUCAAACAGAAGGUGUAAAGCUACUACAAGAGAUAUAUUCCGCCUCCCCUGCACACCGGAGGGAAUGUACCUACUACAUCGCUGUUGGGUAUUACAAGCUGAAGAAUUACGCGUAUGCUAAGAAAUUCAAUGAUCUGCUCCUCUCUGUCGAACCAGAGAACAUGCAAGCUCAAUCUCUGCGCACACUGAUUGAUCAAGCUGUUCAAAGAGAUGGUUAUAUAGGUAUGGGUCUCAUAGCUGGUGCAGCAGCAGUGACGGGAUUGAUAGUUGCUGGACUUGUCAAACGUUCGAGAAGGUAA